GCUGCGGGCAAUCCCUAACAGAAAUUUGGGCCUCGUCAUGUCUGCAGAGGAAUAUGUGAUUGCUUUACGUUUACGGCUAGGAAUUCCAAUUUUUCCUUCUCUCUCUACUAGAUGUCCAUGUGGUUCAAUAAUAGAUGCCUACGGAGAUCAUGUGUUAGGUUGCGGCUAUGGUAACCUGAGAAUUAAACGCCAUGAUGCGUUAUGUGAUGUCAUCUUUCACACACUACUUGAGGAUCACUCUGGCACUCGGAGAGAACAGCACUGUGGCGGAUAUAAUAAUUCUCGCCCAGGUGACGUCUACCACCCAGAUUUUCUACUUGGUCGUCCAGGAUAUUUUGAUAUCACAGUAAGGAAUUCCUUCCAGCAGUCUCACAUUGUCCACUCCGCUUAUUGUGCUGGUGCCGCUGCAGCAGCUGGAGAGAUGGAGAAAGACGAUCGUCAUAAAGACAACGUAGAGGCGACAGGAGGUGUUUUCUACCCGCUGGUAGUUGAGUCCUACGGAACGUGGACCUCCAGUAGCUUACAAACUUUAAAAACAAUUGCUAGAAGGACAUCUCUCCGUAGUAGUAUUACUGUCAGCAGGGCUAUCGUUAAUUUUCACGGGCAGCUCUCUCUCCGCCUUUGGCAAUUUAACGCUAGGAUGAUUUUGGACCGUUUGUCUUUGUUAGGUUUAGACAGAGACUACUCUGUUUGUUCUUCGUUGUGAGGCCCCUCUAGUGGAGGGGUAGCUAUUAUU